GGCCUCAGUAGCGGCGGUACGGCUUGAUAUACAAUGCUGAAUGACGUUGAAUGGUUGCAAGUGACGCACCACCCGCUUGCUAAAUGUUGAAACAUUGAACACCGUUGAGUUAUAUAAACCUGGGGUGGUCCAUCUUCGUCAAUAGGCAACUCCUCUAUAUCACUCUCAAUUUACAGUAACAUAACAACCACAACUUUCAGCUAUAACCACAACAUAUACCCACAGCGAACACCCUAUCUAAACCAGAAACUAUGGACAAAGCAAAGCAAGCCGUUGAAGGAUUUGUGUCCAAGGACGGACAUCACAAGACAACCGUCCAUCAAGAUGCCAACAACGCCGUGACUGAAGAGCAUGUCCGCCCUCACCGCCACGAGGAGGUCACCACUGCUGUUGACAAGGAGGUUCACCAAGACCAUCACCACACCAAAAUCCAACCUAUCCAGGACAAACAAGUUCUCCCUGAGAAGCACCACCACAACGUCGCUCCUAUUGCACACAAGUCAUUCGACCACGGAGACAGCAAGGAGACUAAGCACACUCUUGACCGCGAGCACGCCAAGUUCAAGGACACUUCAGUCACUCACGACACUACCCAUACUUCCAGCGCAGCACCCGUGGUGACUGGAGAACGCGUUCACCACCACGUUCACGAGCAUAUCCAGCCCGUCAUCCAAAAGGAAGUCGUUCAGCCUCACGUUGUACACACGACUGUGCCGAUCCACGAGACACAUCACGCCAAGCCCGUCCACCACGAAGCCACUACUCUCCCGACCAAGACUCUCGAGGAGUUCAAUCGUGAGAAGGGCGGCCUUGAUGGACAUGGACACCACAAGGUCGGUGAGUUCGACGGGUGCCCCGACAAGAUGGACAAGGGCUUUGCGAAGUCCGAACACGCCGGUGUAGCCGGAACCCACGACCACAACCAUGGCCACAAGGGUUCGGACAGUCUUGCUGCAGCCCAGGCUGCCAACGCUCGCCACACUAAUGAUCCCGCCUACACCACCGGCACCGCUGCCAGCGGUGCUUCCUCCUUGAACGAAUCCGAUCCCCGUUUCGGUUCCACCACCACCAGCACCGAUCAGCACGACGCGACGGGCAAGAAGGUUUCCCUUGUUGACAAGUUGAACCCCUUCAAGGACGCCGAUGGUGACGGCAAGAAGGGCAUCAUGAGCUAGACGAUGGA